AAGUCCUUUGUCCCUGGCGUCUGGUCCCCAUUCUCUGCCCGGCCUCUCUCCCUUCCCCUUCUCUGUUCUUGACGGCUCCGUCUCGCAUCUCAACAUGGCGCCCAAGAAACCAGAACCCAAGAAAGAGGAGCCGAAGAAGGAGGUGAAACGUCCUGAGCCAGAGGUGCCCAAGGAGAUCGUGUUCGACCCCAAGACGGUGACUGUUGAAUUCACCGCAGAGCAGAUUGAAGAUUUCAAGGAAGCUUUCAUCUUGUUUGACCGAACACCCGCCUCAGAGAUGAAGAUCACCUACGCCCAGUGCGGGGAUGUCAUGCGAGCCCUGGGCCAGAACCCGACCAAUGCCGAGGUCAUGAAGGUGCUCGGCAGACCCAAACCAGAAGAACUGAACACUAAGAUGUUGGACUUCGACACCUUCCUGCCAAUGCACCAACACAUCUGCAAGAUGAAGGACCAAGGAACGUACGAAGACUUUGUUGAAGGUCUGAGAGUCUUUGACAAGGAGGGUAACGGCACAGUGAUGGGCGCUGAACUUCGCCACGUAUUAGCCACGUUGGGUGAAAAGAUGACGGAGGAGGAAGUGGAGCAACUGCUGUCUGGACAAGAAGAUGCAAACGGAUGCAUCAACUAUGAAGCUUUUGUAAAACACAUCAUGGCUGGAUGAGAAUCGGGAGCUGCUGACGAACAUGUUACCAUCGACUUUUCCAGACUUGCCCUCCCUUGUGACUGACAGGACCUUCAUCCGUACACCCCUUGUUGAUCUGAACAGCCCUCAAAUUCCAUUCAACAUUGGUAUUUGUGAAAUGUCUUGUGAACUGAAACCUUUCUGUGAAUCUGUCAGAAACUAACAUUAAGGUUUUCCUUGUAUUGCCCCAAAAUAAUUGUUCUCUGUGUUAAUAAAAGUAUCCUUUCAAAUGAU